CCGGUGAACGAUGUGUUUGUCCGAUGAACGGGGUAUGCAAGGCUCCGCACAGUUUUCAAUCUCACUCUAAGCAGAGAAGAGGGACUGCGUUCAAAAACGGAUAACUGAGAACUCGCGUCCGGAAUAUGAUGGUGUCCGAGGAACGGGGCCGCGCUCUAUAGGCUGCUGAUUGGAGGGCCCUUGGCCCAUCUUCCCCCCUCCCAGGAAAUAAAGUCGGAAGUCACUGAUUUGAAAAGUGAAUUGGAGAGUGAAAGAGAAAAAAGAAUCAAUUUGGAGGAGGAAAACGUGAAAUUGCGAAAAAUCUCUGAUGACCUCCAGACAAACAACCAAAGCUUAAUAGUUAGUAUUCAUGAUACAAAUAGUGGUGUGUGUGUGUGUGUGUGUGUGUGUGUGUGUGUGUGUGUGUGUGUGCGCGCGCGCGCGCGCGCGUGUGUCACUGUUUACACAACAGAUUUUGACGCAACAAGUACAAGACGCUAACUGUCAACUACAAACACAAAGCCAACAACUCGUUCACUUGCAGAACGUUUCGCUUCAAUUGGAAGGGAACGUUGUUAAACUCCAACAAAGCAAUUGUGAACUACAGCGAACUUCAGACAGUUUGAAGGGAGCUGUUGCUCAUCUUGGAUACAAUUUAUCAAACAUUACCGACGAAGACGGUGCGGCCUGUUGCAGUAGCACGACAGGAAUUAUGAUAUAUAAGGAAAUCGAGUCCUGUGACACUAGCCACUUGAUGCCCUAUUUGGUACCUGGUAGCUCGCUUUUGCUGCCUGAGUCAACUUGUAGGCAGAUAGCUCUCAAGUAUAAUUCAUCGUCUCACAAUGGACAAUAUUGGAUUAAACCAUCUUGUAACAAUCCACCAUUUCAAGUAUUCUGUGAUGCGAGUGAAGGUUGGACUUUGAUCAUGAAAAUUGAUGGACAACUGCAAACAUUUGGCUACGACAGCGACUUGUGGUUGAACAAGGAAACAUUUCAACCAAAUAACUUGGAUUUGGAUGACAAAGAAACGAAACUGGCUUCGUAUUGGACACUACCAUUUACUGAACUUCGUCUGGGAAUGAAAGUAGAUGGAACGACCAGAUGGAUCACCUUCAGCUAUACCGCAUCGUCUCUCUACAAUCUUAUUGCUGAUGGACAGUACAGAAGCACGAGUAUUGGUGAGAGUAAAUGGAGAAGUUUAGUGCCAAGGUCAUCUUUGCAGAGAAAUUGCAACAAGGAAGGAUUCAACGCGCGUAAGUCGGGUAAUCGAGUUCGCCUAGGAUUGAUUGCUAACCAAGAAAACGACUGUGAUACUCCAGACUCUUUCGUUGGUUUCGGAACAUGGGCGAAGGCUGAAAAUAGUGCUGGAAACUAUGCAGACGGCAAUACUCGUCCAGACAAUGGUGCCGCAAACAUCAAAGCAAUUGGCUACAUCAUGGCACGCUAACAUCACUAGACAGACUAGACACAGUUUCUAAACGUAUGAAUGUGAUUAGCAGCAGCAAAUUCUCGGUACACGCCGCCGCGAUGUGUCUGUUUCCAUCGUAAACUCCCGGAUAACCGAGCAGCAUCAAAUUAAUAAAUUAUUAUCGCUUGAACCACACGUUGAGCUUCGAUACAGACACUUUCCGCCUACAUGCACGGGAAUGGUCUGGCUACGCGAGGACUAGGCUGAGAGCCACGGCUCUGGCUGCAAGAUACCAGCUGUAGCUAGGCAACUAAAAACAUUUAGUCAAAGGUUGCAUAGUACCAUACUUUAUAGAAAAUUUGAGUCAAUACAGAAUAAAUUUACA